AUGGCCAGAACAACGGGAGAUGUCACGAACCACGACACGCCGGGAAUUGAACAGAACCUUGAAGCAGUCCGUUUGUCUCAGAAAACGCACGUACCAGCAACGAAGCACAGGACCAACGAUGAGCCGGCAGGAGCAAGUUCAGCUUCCAAUGCCAGGGCGCCAAUGCCACAUGAGGACGCCGACAAAUGGACAUCGUCUCGAACCAAUGCCUUUUCUUAUUACAGUGGCCAACCGGACUCCAUCACGGUGAAGCGCCCUGAAGAUCAUGAGCCAUUGCCAGAUGUGCCACCAGUCCCUCCAGUCCCGCCGGCACAAGCACCUCCAACAGUGCCUCCACGGCCUCUGCCCGAAUCGCCCACGCUACCAGGACGCUCCGGCACUUCGACGCCAGUCCCGCCGAGAGAGAUCAAUCUUCCACCGCCCCUGGCAAGAUCAGCCUGGAGUCACGAAGAUUCCCCGUCCACCAAGUCUGAGCCUCUCGGCUCGGGGGGUUAUCUCGAGCCCGAGUCUCCCACCUUCUCCUCAGAGCGUUGGUCUGAGCCUGUCCAGGCCUCCCAGGGUUAUCCAGAAACCGAGCGAUCCCGUCAAAUAUCGGUUGCCCCGAGUGAAAGUCCACAGUCGGGACGAGAAAGCCCUCGUACCUCAUUCUCGUUUAACCGCAUCAUGUCUGGUAUCAGCGAGGUGUCGGCAGUUCGUUCCGACACUUCGAGUCCUCGGCGGCCAUCUCCGGGCCCAUCCAUGGUCAGUGCCAUGUCACCAUAUCACCAGUCACCUCCCUUUUCACCGCCACCCGAGUACCGUCGAAGUCCGACGCCCAGAUCGCAGUGGUCGCCUGGGUUGGCGUCACCCAGUCUUGUCUCUCCCGGCCUCAUGCCUCCAAGCACCAACAGUCCCAGCAUCAUCGCCCCCAGUAUUGGAUUCGCAAGCCAACUCGUCAUACAACCGCCGGCAAAACACAGUGGGCAUCAGGGUCGAAUCGAGGUCACCCCCGCUCGCCAUCUGACAGAUAAGGCCAAGUCCACUCGGAUCCUGCAUAUUGACACUUCACCAGCAAAUAUAUUUGUAGCCACCAAACAUGAUCCCAAGACCGUCAAGAUCUGGGCCAUCGCCAAAAGCGCGCUGCAUAGCACCAUCAAAAUCACGUCUUAUGUGCAACCUCAGGUUCGAUCCAGAGAGUACUUCAUCCGCAGUCACGCAAUCUUGUCGGAAAACGCCACCCUCAUAGGUAUCACAACCCACUUUGGGCUCACCCUCGAAAUAUGGAACUUUGCCAAAGGCGGCACCUCUGCCAAAAAGGUCCAGACCAUCGACGAAGCCCACCGGUGGGCAGCCUCCAAGCGGGACGCUUACCACACCGACUACGCACCACUCGUAGUCUACCGCCCCAAAGGCGACCGAAUCGACCGCUUCUUCCUCGCAAGACACCCCUCCGCCAAGAGACCCUUCUGGGAGGACUCAACCCACUCGAUUGAGCUCCUCAAGGCCGAACUCCCCUUUGUCCCCAAGUUCCCCGAGCUGGCCUUCUCGUCCGACUCCCCUUUUUUGGUCGCAGCAGCCGGACCACGACCGGGUGACGCCCCCAGAGCUCACGCGACGAUACUGAUCGCGUGGCUCAUGAAACCGACCUCUGACCACAAGCUCCGCGCUCGAACCCCCAACGCGACGGUGACGUCGCUCGAGGAUGAAGACCGCCACAAGCCGUACAGAGUCCACAUACCGGAAUACCCCGCCUUGCAGACCGCCCUUCCAGCCUCGCUCAUCGCGUGUGGGUCAUUGGCGGUGUCGAUUUGGAUACCGGCCAACCACACCGACGUUGCCGUUCCGGGGGGGAAAUAUCGCCGACAACCACUCCCGGCACCGGAACGGUUUGUUGUCGUCUGGGACUUGCCUACCAACUCGACGAGGAUAUUCGCGAUUCCUAAUGUUCAGGCUUGUAUCUCCCCCAACUGCAAGUAUGUCGCUUAUUGUGAUGCGAACGCGGGGCAGUUUGUGAUUAUUGAGGUUGAGACGGCGGAGGAGAUUUGGAAGUGGCCUGAUGCGGUUAAAGGGAAAAAGAACAAGAACAACCACAACCAUCUGGCGGGGUUUGGGGGCCAGUUUGAGGAUUUGCACAAGGUGACGGUGUUUGAGUUUUCGCCGGAUGGGGGGAUGUUGGUUGUGGGGGAUGAUAAGGGGAGCUUGGGGGUUUAUGAGGUGGAGAAGGGGGAGGAGAGGUUUGAGCUCGGGAGUGGGAUGGAGGUUAGUUUGGCUGAUGUGGGGCACUACCCGAGGGGGGUUGAGCAGCAGCAGCAGCAGCAGCAGCAGAGCAGUAGGUUUUCGGAUUCGAGUUUGUAUGUGCCGUUGGGAUGGCAGGGUCAGCAGGGAGGGGGGGGUGGGAAUGGGAGUGGGAGUAGUGGGGCUUUGGAGUGGACGGGGAGGAGGAACUGA